GUACGGUUGCACAAGAUUUCUCAUUCUAUGCAUCUUUACGAGCACCUGCUAUAUUCGAAAAUAAUAAAAUGAAUAUGCAUAAUGAAAACACUAAUGCUGGUGCAGAUAUAAAUCAUCAAGAUUCAAAUAUCGAUAUAUCUACUGUGAAUGAUAUUACUUGCGAUUCUAAUAACAGUGAGGAUAAGAGUACUCGUAUUGCAGAAGUUGAAAAUUUUUUUCAGC